AUGAUACUUAUGGAAGAUGUUGUUGUUGUUUGUGCACUUCGAACACCCAUUGCAAAGGCAGGAAGGGGCAAGUUCAAGAAUCUCAAGAAUGAUGAGUUGAUAGGUGCAGCCGUCCAUGGAGUCAUCAAAAAGACAGGGAUUGAUCCUCAGGCCAUUGAAGAGGUCGUUCUUGGGCAUUGUCUUUCCUCGAUGGAAGGGAGUAUUGCUGCAAGAAUGGGAGUCUUAAGAGCAGGAAUACCGGCCUCAACACCGGUUAUGACCAUAAACAGAAUAUGCGGUUCGGGACUCGAGUCUAUUGGGCUUAUUGCAGAGAAGAUCAAGCUGGGGAAGAUAGAGGUUGGACUAGCAGGGGGAUUUGAAUCCAUGACGUCUUAUGGACUUCCUAAAGAAUACAAUCUUAGUAGAAAGGAAGAAAAUACAGAUGCCGAGGAUUGUCUGUUGGGAUUGGGAGAAGUGUCUGAGAUGCUAGGUAAAACAUAUGGAAUAACACGCGAGGAGGCAGACAAAUAUGCAGUAGAAAGCCAGAAUAGGGCUGCCGAGGCCACAAAGAAGGGCAUAUUCCUCAGGGAAAUCAUUCCUAUGGAGAUUGAAGGGGAAACUGUCGAGCAUGAUGAAGGCAUAAGGGAAACGCUUUUGGAAGUCAUCGGAAAUCUAAAACCUGUGUUCCGCCAAGACGGGAUUUGCACGCCGGCAAAUUCUUCACAGCUAUCUGAUGGAGCUUCUGCAGUUCUUUUGAUGACAAGAGCAAAAGCCAGUGACCUGGGUCUUCCAGCCAUUGCAGAGUUUGUCGAUUUUGCAACAGUCGGGCUUAAGCCCAGAGAUAUGGGCUUGGGACCUGUUUUCGCGAUCGAGAAACUACUGAAAAAGAACGGUCUCGAGAAAGAGCAGAUUUCGUGCUUUGAAAUAAAUGAGGCAUUUGCAUCUCAAGUUCUUUGCUGUCUGAAGGAACUAGGGAUUGCAAGAGAAAGGGUUAACAAGUGCGGAGGAGCCAUAGCCCUUGGGCAUCCAAUAGGAGCCUCUGGAGCAAGGAUUGUUUGCACGUUACUAAACACCAUGGAGAAAGAACAACCAGGCAAAUAUGGAGUUGCAGCUCUUUGUGUGGGUGGAGGCCAUGGGGUGGCUGCAUUGUUCAGAAAAUGUUGCUAG